ACGGCGAGCUGGUAGCGGCGGAGCGCUGCGGGCGGCGCAGCAGGUGCGAGGGCGAUGACAGUGUCGGAACCUCAGGGGGCCGCGGGCGGGGCCGAAGCGGUGCGCCCGAAGGAAGAGAUUCGACGGGUAUGCGGGGCGGUUGUAAGCGUUCUGUUACCAUGGCAACAGGUGGCGGUUGUUUGUUGCCAUGGCCGCUCCUCGGCGGCUUCACCUGUGCGGGAAAUGGGGGUCGGGUAUGAUGGGGAUGGAAGUGCGAGGGCAUCCCUGGAGGAAACCGAUCGGCGGCAGAGGGGAGCGGGCCAGACCUGUAACAGCAACAGUCACCACAAAUAGCAAAUAACAAUUUAAAAAAAAAAAUUUUUUUUUUACAAGGAAUAACCUCUCUCGUGCAACGGCGGGAUCCCAUUGCAUGUGAACCCAAAGUUCAAGGGGUCUUCUUUACUCCCCGGUUAACUGAGCACAGGCUUGUUGGGGGGGGGAAAGGCUGGUUUAAUAAUAAUAACGGGCAAUAAUAAUAAUAAUUUAUUAUUUGUUCCCUAGCCACUCUGGGCGGCUUCCAACAAGACCAAAAAUACACUAAAAUGUCACACAUUAAAAACUUCCCUGAACCUUCAGAUGUCUUCUGAAUGUCAGGUAGUUGUUUAUCUCUUUGACAUCUGACAGGAAGGCCUUCCACAGGGUGGGCGCCACUACCAAGAAGGCCCUCUGCCUGGUUCCCUGUAGCUUUGCUUCUCGCAAUGAGGGAACCACCAGAAGGCCCUUGGCGCUGGAGCUCAGCGUCCAGGCAGAACGAUGGGGGUGAAGACGCUCCUUCAGGUAUAUAAAGUGCAAAGUGGUAUACAGUAUUUUGAAUGGAAAUGCAUUUUCAAAAUAGUUUUUUCUUCUGUGUUUGAAACCUUUGUUUUGUUGUUCUGAUUUGCCUAGGUGUUUCCAAUUAAAGCACAGUCUCCAGACUUGCAACUGGGUAGUAAUAUUUCUCUGCCCGAUGGCGGUGACCUGCUAGAUUUCCUCCAGUCAGAGGAACAAAUAGUAGGUGCCUCAAGUUCAGGAGAGGAUUUUUACAACUCGCUUCAGGCCCUCCAAAGGAAAAACAGACAAUGUUUGUUAGAACUAGGUCUGAUGUACCAGGUACAGUUGGAAAACCACCAGGAACCACUAGAGGAGAACAAGGAGCUGGAAGAUUUUUUCCAGGAAAAUGGAAGGUUGACAUUGCCAUCAAAGUUCCAUGAAGCUUUGAGGUGAGAUGCAAAAGAAUCUAAUGAAAUCCAUACCAUGAUUCUCCUACACAGGCAUAAAGUUUUUACUGUAGUCUUGAAUGCUCCUGUUGGACAACAGAUCUAAUAAAAUAAUGAAACAGAUCUUAGUGUAUCAUUACUACUAAACUAUCUCCUUUCAUUUAUUCAAAGUUCUCAAAUAUAACCUUUCUUCUGAUUUAUUUGCCAUUGAUAACAUUAUUUUUUACCAUAUCCUCAGAUCUGGCAACCUAAGAAGGUUCAAUUCAUUGACUAACAUCACUGCUGAUAACCCAAAAAAUGAGCAAAAUCAGCAUUCGUUUCUUCAGUCCUUUUCAAGAUCAAAGAGUGCUUCAGCUACAUGGAUCUCCCCUAUCACUGUCCCUCAACCCUUCAAUAUGACACUUCGAGAAGCUCGCAGAAAAUUAAAGUCCCAUGCAUUGUUUGAAAUUGAAUCAGCUGAGUACAAAAGACAAAGCCUAGAAGAAGCUGAAUGCCAGAAACAGUUCAGAGCACAACCUGUGCCUGCUCACAUCUAUCUGCCACUCUACCAAGAAAUAAUGGAAAAGAAUGAAAUUCGCAGACAAGUGGAAACACAAAAGAGAAGAGAACUACUCCUUUCAAUGCAAAAACCCUUCAGUUUUCAGGAAAAAGAAGAAAAACGAAAGGAGGUCAUCAGACAGAAGAUGCUAGAAGUAUUGACUCCACUUGAGAAAUCAGUGCCAAAAGUCAGGAAGAAGAUCCCCAAGUCCACCUAUGAACCAAUGUUUGGGGAUAAACUCAAAGGUAAAACAGCUUUUAAUGCACUGUCAACAAUACCUAAUGGUAUGAAGGUAUCUUCUUCAUCUGCUAUAGGAGACAUUCCAGUUAGUAGAUUCAUUGUCUGUCAUACCAGUACAAAAGAAAUAAAAGAAAAUAGGCCUUUUAUCCUGCCAUAUCACAAAACACAUUUCUCAUCUCAGAGUGAGUAGGACCAAUCAGUGGAAUUAGUAAAAACAGGACUCAGGGAAGGUGAUCAACAAUCACAUAAAAAUUAGGAGGAAACUUCUCUGAUGCUACAGAUUUGCACUGGUUGAUGAAUUGGGCAUCUUCAGGGCCUUGGCCUCUGCCCCACCUCACUAACCUCUGGAGCUGAUUAGCCUGAAAAACAGUGAUGGCUAGGAACUUUAUCCUUCUCUUUAAGGAUGCCAACCUGUACCAUCCCUUUGGGAAAUUCUUCUUAAUAGUAAAAUGUAUCCAGAAAUGAAUUGCUCCUCUUGGCUUGUUCCUGAAGCAGGGCUAUGCAAAUUUCAUUUUUUUAUUAUUAUUUAUUAAAUUUCUAUACACUCCUUGAUCUGAGGAUCACUGGGCAGUUUACAAUAUAAAAACACAAAACACAGUAACAUUCAAAAACUAUGCCCCCCACUGUUUAAAAGGCCAUGGAUUGUUUAAUUAGCCAAAGGUCUGGGAGACUUCAUGUUGAUCAUUUUCCUUUCUAGAAUACACAAGUUUUUGAAAAAGAAUAGAAAUAGAAAAUAGAAAUAUAAAAAGAAUGAGCAUUAUUAAGUUGUGCUGCAUGAUAUAUCCCGUAACUAGUUUUUUAUUUGGAAAAUAUAUGUGUUAAUGCGGUUUCAACUGUUCUGGAUUUUCAGUUAUUGCUUUUGCUUUAACGCUUGGCUCAACCAUUAGCCUCUCUUGUUAUUAGUGUCAUUAACACUUUUCUUCUGUUGCAUUAGCCAGAAUAUACCUUCUCCCAGCCUGUUCAUUACUGUUCAUCACUGUUGCUUUUACUCCCCAGAAGCUGAACUCUUACGAAAAAUCCGUAUUCAGAUGAGAGCCAAGGAUUUAUUGGAAAGUUCCUGGGCUCCUAUUGAGCUUGGCAAGAGAAAAAAAGGAUCCCAAAUUACCUCUAUAAACAGGGAGAAAAAACUGAGCUUUCUGCAGGAUAACUUCAGUUUUAAACCAAGAAUCAAUACAUCUGUGCCUGACUUUGAAGGACUUUACUGGGCAUUCCAGAGAGAAGCUUUAAGCAAACGAGAAAUCAAAGAAACAACUCAUAAUAAACCAUUCAGACUUAGAACAUCUAAUCUCUGUUGCAAACAUCAAGUGCCUAAUCCGGGGAUGAUGGUAAAAGGGAUUGCUUUUAUAUUUGUACUACUUUGUAUUCCUUUACAUACAAAUCACUCAUGAGUGCAAAACACCAAAUAUACUUUACCAUCCAUUUAGCUCAGUGUUGAGAUAGUUUUAGAUCAAGGUCGGUUUUCUUUGGAACAAAUGUUACGGAAUAAAACAAGAAGAGUCUCAAUGGCACCAACUUAUGCUUGAAGUCUUAACUGUAGUAGUACUUCUAUUGAAGUGUAUUUCGAAAAGUAAAUAACAACUUUAUUACUAUUAAUAUUAAAUAGCAAAUCACAGUGUCUGAACUAAAUUUUGAAGGAAGGUAGUCUGAAAAACAGAGAGAGAUGAAGUUUUAGGCCCAGUAGACAAAAUCAAAACUGACAAAUCACCAAGCCCAGACAACAUCCACCCAAGAAUUCUUAAAGCACGUAAAUAUAAAAUUGCUGAACAAAAAUAUGUAAAUUGUCUCUCAGAUCAGCCUCCAUACCCGAGGACUGGAAAGUGGCCAGUGUAACCCUAAUUGUUUUUAAAGGAAUCCUGGAAAUUAAAUGCUGUUUAGUUUAACAUCUGAUCUGUCCCAGCAAAACUGGUGGAAAGUAUUGUUAAAGAGCAUUACUUCUGCAAAGGCAAGUCCUGUCUCACCAAUUAGAAUCCUUUGAGAGUGUCAGCAACCUUAUACAGUGGUACCUCGCAAGACGAAUGCCUCGCAAGACAAAAAACUCGCUAGACGAAAGGGUUUUUUGUUUUUUUGAGCUGCUUCGCAAGACCAUUUUCCCUAUGGGCUUGCUUCGCAAGACAGAAACGUCUUGCAAGUUUGUUUCCUUUUUCUUAACACCAUUAAUACAGUUGCGACUUGACUUCGAGAACGCGGUGUGGUAGCCUUUUUUGAGGUUUUUAAAGACUUUGGUGAUUUUUGAAGCUUUUCCAAAACUUUCCCGACACCGUGCUUCGCAAGACGAAAAAAAUCGCAAGACGACAAAACUCGCGGAACGAAUUAAUUUCGUCUUGCGAGGCACCACUGUAGAUAGAGGUUGACACAGUGUAUUCAGACUUUCAAAAAAAGCUUUCAGCAAAGUACCUCACCCAAGACUCUUGUGUAAUCUUAGCAGUCAUGGAGUAAAAAGAGAGAUUUUCUUGUAAAUCAGGAAAUGGUUAUGUAUGUAGCAGGAUAACAUCCUGUUGUGUACAGGAUGUGUCACUUUCCACAUCGGCAGCUCUUCGCCCCACUUACCUUUCAGCAUAAUGUUUUCCAAAUGUAAAAAUGUGAACCUCAUAAGAGACAAGCAUUUGCAGGUUGAUAAUAACAAAUAGCAAACACUAUAUAUAUGUGCAUGCAUACAUACAUACGAAGAGAGCACAGCUGCAACUAAGCACUGUACAAAAAGGUGUGUUUAAAAAAAAUAAAUAUUAAAUAUUCUUACUUUCAGGAUUUUCAACAACCUUCCAGGGCACCAAUACAAAGGAGUCGGUCUUUGAAUUACCUUUCAUCCCUCUCCUCCAACACACUUCCAAUAUAUAUCACAGAUGCAGUGAGAAAGAGACAGUCUGCUAUUAAGUGAGUAACUUACUCAUUUAAUUAAAGUAUGAAUAAGUGCGAAGGUGGAACAUCCUAAUCCAGACAAUGCCUUCAAAACCUUGCAAUAUAACCCUGCCUGUCCCACAUGGCAGGUGGAGGCCACCUAUGCUUUUGGAUACCCCCCUGAACAAAAUUCCUAAAAGCCCGCUAAAAUUCAGAGUUAAGAGAGUACCACAUAUACUUUGAACAAUAUGUUUUAACUUGGAUAUAUGAACUGGCUUUGUAUAAGUUUUGUUUUGGAAAACUUAGUGAUUUUAUUUUGAAAUAAGAUCAUAUCCCAUUAUCUGCAUAUAUAUUUAGACGCCUUCAGGAGGAUAAAAAAUACAAGGAAAAUGAAGGAGCUCGUUGGGCAGAGUUGCAGAGAAAGAGAGGUCAAGCUAUGCAUAAGUCUCUGAAUUGCCGAGCAAAAGCUUUGGAUCCCCAUAAGAGCUUGGAGGAAACACAGAGAGAAAAGCUGAAGCAAAACUGGUCAGUAUGCUAAUUGGCUUUGGUAGUGUACUAUUGAAGCAAAAUCAUUUCAGUUGGAAUUACUGAUAGUUCGGUAUGAGAAAUGGGUUUGGGCUUCAAGUGUUCAUAGCCAACAGACAGCAGUCAUAUUAUUUAUUUACACUUCAUGCUUAUCUCACCACUAUCCUUAGAUAUAAUUGGUAACAGAGCCCCAGAAUUUGAAAAAGGCAUUCCGAUUUGGAUCUAAAAGGCUUUCCCAAACAAGCAACAUCUCAUUAUUGUGCUUCUCUUCUCUGCCUGACUGGGUUUUUAAAAAUAAAAGUAUUAUUUAUUUAUUUAUUUCCUGGAUGCUAUCAUGGACUGGAUGAGCACUAAUAAAUUGUAACUGAAUCCUGACAAGACAGAGAUCCUGUGGGUGGGAGUUUUUCAGUUUUGGGAAUUUGAAUUUGUACCCGUUCUGGAGGUAGAGCAUCAUUUGAGGGUGCUGCUAGAUCAAUCACAGAUGCUAGAGGCCCAGUUGGCUCUGAGCACCCAUUACCAACUUUGGUUGGUGCACCAACCUACCUUGUCCUACCUUAUUUUAAAGAAAUGUUAUUGCUUUUUUAUUUUUAUGUAAAUUGCUUAUAAAUGUUUUGUUAAGCAGUAUAAAUAUGUUAUAAAUGAAUUGCCAGGGAGCAUAGGUGCCCAGAUGUUCUUCUGCACCCACAUAGCAGAUCUAUAUGCAGCCCAUUUCUGUGGAGAGAUUCCUGUAUCAAAAUGUGCCCUCCUACCUGAUAAUUAAAAAUGCAGCACAGAGUAACUGAAGAUGAUGCAUAGUACGGAAACCUUUUGUUUCAGGCAAAAUGACCGAAAAAGAACACAAGAGUAUAAAAAGGAACUAGAAGAGAUGAAGUUGCGAGUGAAAAACAGACCAUAUAUGUUUGAACAGGUCACAAAGGUAACUAUUUUGGUAUGGGGAAAUUGUCAUGGUUUAGAGGAUCAAACAGUAAAUACCAGCAGGCUGUAGCAGGGAGUCAAUAUUCAAGUAACUGCUUUGACAUUCUGGAAGUCUGAAGGGUAAAAAAAACUUCAUGGGAAAAAGAGUUUGGUAGGGAACAAAAUUUAGUUGUUGACCAGCUGUAAUGAUAGAGAAAAUACUGUACACUAAAUAGGAAAAUACUGUUUUCAAAAUAAACUGAGGUAUAUGUUUGAAUAUAAUGGUCUUCAAAGAAUUCGCAAACAUUUUAAAAUAUAACUGCUUCUUCCAUAUUGAGAGAAAUAUCCAAUUACUUUUCUAGUUUAGAGCGAUCGCCUGGAAUAAUUGUAAGUAUUCAUGAAGGGAAGAGGGCCUACUAAACUGCUUGUCUUCUCAUUCCACAGCAAGGUGCCCGUCAGGGGGCAGAGAGGCUUUUUCGAGACACCUUGCAGCAGUUUGGGUUGAAUGAAGAAUUUGUGAAAAGCAAAGGAGGAGACACCACUGACCUAGUAGGGAAGGAGCAGUCUGAAUCACAAAGGUAUUUAAAUAACAGAAAAUCACCUGUAGCUUCGUAAAAAAUAGUCUUCUACAUUCACCUAUUAGAUAUAGGGGCAUACAUUUAUGCUGAGAAGGAAAGAAACUUGCACUUAACAAGCCAUGGUGUUGUCAGUGAGCUACCAGACCCAAUUCAAAAUGAACUGGCUUGGGACCAAAUUACUUGAAAGAGAAUCUUCCCAAAUAGGAAACUACCUGUUUGGCAGGUGAUGCCUUGUUGGUGAUGGUGCUGCUGGGGGCUCCCCAGCUUGCAAUUCUAUGUGACAGGGCCUCUUCAGCAGGAGUUCCCUAUUCAUAGGUCCUUCCUGAUGAGGCAGCAGUGCUGACUUGGGCGCCACACUGUCAUAAAGUCAUGGUGGCGAGGGGCGCACUGCAACCCAGAAGCACGCCCAUGGCUGCAAUGCGCCCCAACAGAGGCCUCACGGCAGAGGCGCAGGCCCUGGCCCAGUCGCCGGCAGAGGUAAGGCACCAGCUGGCAGAGGCCGGACCCCCAGGGCCCUGGAGUUGGUGUCCCUGUUGUGUGGUGUGUCUCCCCUCAUUAUUGACUUUCAGGAUUUUUAACACAUUCCUGUUUACUCAGACAUUUGAUGGCUGGAAAAAAAAAUCUGUUCCUGGAAACCCUGAGAUCAAUUGUUGAAAGAAUGUUUUUAGAAUAUUAAAACUGGUUCAUUAUUGAUGUGUUUAGCCACCCUGGACUCAGAAAUAAACUGACAUAAUAGUAAAAGUCCCUGCUCACAGAUUGGAUUUAGGCUCGUCACACUGUCUAAAGUAUCUCUCAGUUCUUGUGAGGAUGAAAUAUGGAAAACAGUAUAUAGGAUGUUCGGAACUCCUUAGAAGUAGAGUAGGAUUCAGAUGUGAACUUUGCAACUAUGACCACCACUUCCAGUGAUUUUAUAGCGUGAAAUUUUGAAAUCACAAUUUUUAAUCAACAGGACUCAUAAGUCGCAGAGGAAUACCAAAGCUGGCAUUAUACAAGAACUAGCUGAAGAGGGGCAGAGGAUACUACAAACAAAGUAGGAACCCAGUGGAAGUCUUCAGGUGCCUAAAGCUCAUUUCCCCGCUUUAAUCAAAUGUCAUUAGAUCAGGGUUAGGCAACUUCUUCAGCACGAAGAACUGAAGCUAACAAGCUUUUAUAUAAAAAAUUGUAAUCAUGAUAUAUACUAGAUUAUAGAUAACAAAUGUAUUGCACUUCUUUAGGCAACCUCAAAAGAUUUGGCACCAUUCCUCUCAGGUUACAUACGCUUCAGGUUACAGACUCCGCUAACCCAGAAAUAGUACCUCGGGUUAAGAACUUCACUUCAGGAUGAGAACAGAAAUCGAGUGGCGGCGGCGCAGCAGCAGCGGGAGGCCCCAUUAGCUAAAGUGGUGUUUCAGGUUAAGAACAGUUUCAGGUUAAGAACAGACCUCCGGAACGAAUUAAGUACGUAACCAGAGGUACCACUGUACUUGGGUGGGUGGAAGUAGGGAGGUAUGUGCAUAUGCAGCCUGCUGUGCUGACACAGAUCCUGGAAGCAUCAUCCUGUUUGGACGUUUCAUGCUAAUGGUACCCAUACAGAUUCUGCACUAACUUAAAUUGAAAAGUACCAUACUAAUGUUUUAAACGUUUAUGCCUCUCAGGUUCAGAAAGCUGUACAAUGGAAUUGCUACAGUAGAUGUUUUUAGCCAGUUUUGUUUCUACAGACAGGUUGGCAACAAGGAGUUUUUAGAUUUCCCUUCAGUAACUCAUUUGCACUAUUUUUUAAAACAAAAGAUGGCCAGAGGAUAUAUGCUAAAUAUAUGGCCAUCCCUUGGCCAUGCAAGGCUAAUAAAAUUAUAUUUUCCCUAGCAACCUAGAUUUCUUAUUGUUACAAGUUCACUGAGAUUUACAGUCCAAGAUGCCAUUAUGAUUCUAUGCUGGCUUACUUGGAAGUAAGUCCGAUUGAGGAUAAAUGGGCUUGCUUACAGAUAAAUGUGCUUAGGGAGUAAACUGAAGUGCCUAUGCUCCAAAAGCAGUGGUAUAUUAGUCUAGUAGCAACUAUUGAAAAGCAUGAUGAGUUGUUAUUCCAUCUGAACGUUUAGUAAAAAUUAACUCUAUUUUCAAAAACAUGAAUAAAAAUCAUUAAACCCAAGAUUCAUAGAAUUUAAAGUAACAUUUAAAGUUACUUUAUUCAUUGAGGACAGGUUGGGGGGGGGACCUUUCUGACUCCAUGGGCCAGAUUCUUACCAAGAUCUGCCUUGCAGGCCAAAAUUGACGUGAGUGGGGCCACCCACUUCUCAAAAACCCUUGCUCACUGAUCUCAGAGGCACAAAAAAGAAGUGGCAGGAGAUUUGCAAAGCCUUUUCCAAUUCCCAGAGGGCUGGGGAUGUAAAGUGGGUGGGGAGACUUGCAAAAAGAUUUAAAACAGCCUCUGCACUCCCUUUUGAGCAAAUGAGAGCACAGGAGCUGCAUUUAAACCCUUUGCAAAAGCUACUUUGAAACAGCUUGCAAGUACACGUGAGCUGCUUCAAAAAGUGCUUUUGCACAGAACUUUUAAUCCCUGCUCAGUUAAUAUUUUUUGUGCUGUGCUGUAUUCUUGUUCUAAUGGUCUAUAAUUGUUUUUAAAUAUUUAAGCUGCUCAGAAAACUUUGUGAGUGGCACAAAUACUGUAUUUAUUAUGCUCUGUCUGGUCCAUAUCAAACCAUGUUAAUUCUGAGCUCAGAGGCUGAUUAAAAGAUUUAUGCAUUUUCCUAUUUUACAAGUAGAACUGUCUGAAGUAAAUGAAAGCUUAUGCUAUAAUAAAUGUGCUUGACCUUAAAG